AUGGCGCCGAAGCGGAAGCCGGCGGAGCCGCCGAGGGACGCCGAGGGGAUAUUCCGCGGCGUCUCCGCCUUCUUCGUGCCCCACGGCGUGCAGUCCCGCCGCCUCGAGGUGUGGAAGCAGAAGCUGGUGCAGAUGGGGGGCCGGCUCGAGAAGAAGGACGCCGACGCCAAGGGCGCCAGGAUCAACCACGUGCUCGCCGCCGACGCCAAGGCGCUGCUCCGGGAGCUCACCGCCGACUGGCUCCACCGUUUCCAGGGGAGUGUUGUGUCCUUCGAUUGGCUGGAGGAAUGCCUCAAGUCUGGCGAGAGGCUGCCCGAGCACAAGUUCACCAUCAACUACGAAGAGGAAUUUAAACCCAAAAAGGCAGCUGGUGCCGGAGGUACAGGCGCGUCCAAUCCCGCGAAGAGGAGCAAAAUGUCAUCCGAGGAUCCUGAGAAUCACAAAGGAACUGGUGGACAGGGUGUGAAGAAAGAGCUAGCUACCGGAGAGCAUCAAGACGCCAGUACACAUGUGCAUGAUGGUUCUGGUGUCCAAAAGGGGCCUGGCCAGCUUGCACAUAGCCAGACUAGCUCUGGGGAUACCAAGGACACCGUAGGGUCUCUUGAUAUUGAGUCAUACAACCAGGAAGCUUCUUCUGGGGAACCCACAACAUAUGCUCCACCAGACCUCAACAGGAACAUCACUGAGAUUUUCGGAAAACUUAUCAACAUAUAUAGAGCCAUGGGAGAUGACCGGAGAUCAUUUAGCUAUUACAAGGCCAUUCCCGUAAUUGAGAAACUGCCAUUCAAAAUAGAAAGUGGCGACCAAGUUAAAAACCUCCCCACCAUUGGGAAAUCUUUGAAAGACCAUAUUAAUGAAAUAGUGACAACAGGGAAGCUUUCCAAACUGGAACACUUUGAGAAUGAUGAAAAGGUACGGACUGUCAGCCUAUUCGGUGAAGUUUGGGGUGUUGGUCCUGCAACUGCUCUUAAGUUAUAUGAUAAAGGACACCGUACUCUUGAUGACCUUCGGAAAGAUGACUCACUUACAUAUGCUCAAAGGACUGGCUUAAAAUUCUUUGAUGAUAUCAGACAAAGAAUCCCUCGGCAUGAGGUCAGUGAGAUGGAGAAGCUUUUGCAAGAUGUUGGGAAGGAUAUCUUGCCUGGAGUGAUAAUUGUAUGCGGAGGAUCAUACAGACGUGGAAAAUCAUCUUGCGGCGACAUGGAUAUUGUAAUUACUCAUGAUGAUGGUAAAAGUCAUGUAGGUUUCCUGCCGAAGUUUGUUCAGAGGCUGAAGGACAUUAAUUUUUUAAGGGAGGAUCUUAUCUUCAGCAUAAACAGUAUUGAGGGAACUGACAGCGGGGUUGACACAUAUUUCGGUCUUUGCACAUAUCCUGGACGUGAGCUGCGGCAUCGCAUUGAUCUCAAGGUAUACCCAAGGAACAGGUAUGCAUCCGGGCUGCUAGCCUGGACUGGAAAUGAUGUUCUAAAUCGACGAUUGAGAAUACUAGCAGAAUCCAAGGGCUACGUGCUUGAUGACACUGGUUUGUAUCUUGCUACACAGAGCAGUGGUGGAAAGCGCGCGGGGAGAUCAGAAGCUAUAGUUAACUGCCACGAGGAGAAGGAUGUGUUCGACACACUCGGGUUCCCGUACUUGGAGCCUCAUGAACGAAAUCUAUAG